AUGUCACAGUACGACCCUGUUCUGGACACAUACAAGGAGGCGAGCAAACCUGGUACAGACGUAGAACAGCCUAAAAUAGUGCACAAUGAAAAUUCAACACUACUCAACGGCCAAUCAUUUCCCCUAAACCGGGCCCAAUUACCGUCGAAUUUGCCCAGCUUCUCAGAACAACGUCCCACCGCGUAUGCUCCUCCGUUGAUACCUCCAAUCCAGCCACGGGAACCUUCUGAACAGCCAAAUACCUUCACCCCAACCACGGAAAUGGUGAUCGAAAUGGCCAAAAAUAGAGAGCAAUUUGUUGCUGGAAAGGACCACCAAGCUGGUGUUGGAGCAACCGAUCAUGUUAUUGCCGGUGAGAGCGCUGGUCUGCUUCCAUCACCACUUUCGACACAACGAGAGAUUUCUGAACUGGUUACUUCAGUUCCUUCAUCCGCUGGUAUGCGAACCAGUCGAGUCGUCUAUAACGUUCCACCCAAAACAGAACCUGAACCGCCUCGCAAAAAGGCAAAGAAAAAGCCCACAAACCAAGUUGCAACCUCCAAAAGUGCCCGGCAUUUGAAAAAGGCCGAUGGGGAACCCUUUUGGAGAAAAGACAUUCAGUACGAUUUCUUGCAAGCAGUUUUCGAUGACCAGACGAAGGCAUUCACAAACUCGUUUCCACACUGCGAAAUCUUGGCAUCGUGUAAUGAACCCAAACUCACGUUUUGUGAUCUCUAUAUUCGUACGAUUGCCGAGCUGGGUAAAUGCUCCAAGAUCUUGCGUGAGAGAUUGCUUCGUAACCGAGAAAUGGGCAAAUCUGUGGCCAAGGUAUGUCUUUUGGUAAACUCAGGAAGACUCAACACCACCAUAAAUUUUGUUCCGGAUAUGCGCUCGCUUAUGAGAACCUAUCAUUCGAUUCCAUCACUUCAGGCCGAUCCUAUAUACGGAGGUUCCAAACCGUUGCAAGAUACACCUCGUAUCAAAUCGAUUUUGAAGGCGGUGACGGAAGUUGACCCUCCUUUGCGUUCAUUGGAUCAUGUACUUCAAUAUCCACCAGCAAAGAAACCCAAUGUGACUCCUACACAAUUAAUAUUUUUCAUGAGCAACACGUUUAAACCAAUAAGGUUUCAACAUGACCCUUCAGAUCCCGCCGUAGAGCAUCCAGCUGUCACCGCCUUUUUAGGUGAAGGAAACCGUUUCAUGGAGUUUUUCAUGAAUUCAAAGAUACAUCCUGCCAAUAGAGCAAAGCGGUUCUUAUGGCUCAUGUAUACAUAUAUUGAGACAAGCUUCACGGAGGAAGAGUUGAAGCUUAAUCCCUUCCAUUCAAGCAUAAUUAAUCCUAUUGAGUUAUUGGAGGAUGGACAAGUGGAUGACUUUGACAAAGACACCGACUAUGAGAUCCAGUAUUCUGAAAAAAUGUACAGCACAAGACUCAAGUGCAUUGCAGAAGAAGAGCACAAUACACUACCCAAGAGAGGCAAUAAGGCCAAAAAGUCUAAUGUGGAUGAUUAUGACGAAUCCUUUGACGUCCAUAGUCCAGACCCUCAUGGGGACGAUUUCGAAUAUCAUCAUCCAGCCAAGAAACAAAAAGUUGCAGACCCUACUCCUGUUUCUACUCAUGAUCUCUUGAGCGAUGAUAUUGACUACUCACAGUACACUCUUGGAGAUGAUUUGGUAGACGGCUUUGAAGGACCGGUUCCCGCACAUUUACCCCAGAUUCCAAUCAAAGACUUGUGUGAUAUAUACAUGGCAUACACAGACAGUUACCCCCGAGUUCCUCGAAGUUACACCUCGGCAGCUUCACAGCAGAAUAUAGCUGCCAAGUCAGCACCAUACAUACAUCAAGCCAGUGAAGAUUACAAGCUGACGAAAACCAGCUUUGAGGCGAGAAAAGCAGCUUUGAAAGAAUGGAUGAGAAAAUAUUUUGAGGCUAGAAAAGAUAGUGGAAACCGUUUGGUCGGUAUAGAAUGGGAACGUUUGCGGUACGAUGUAUUAAGUGGUGUUGAAGGUUUUAUGUACCGUCACACGGCAAAGGUCUUGGAAGCACUUCAAAAGAGUGUUAAUAAUUCCAAUGAAGAAAUCAAGAUUCCCGAAAUGGAAUUUCUUCCAGUGUACGAGUUUGACAAGAUUGGACAACAAGCAGAUUAUUUGUGCAAGGUGCUGUCGUUCUGUGAGGAGUUAUACCCCAAAGUUGUUCCCGCACAUGCCACAACCACUAAAAUGACGUUUGAUUUGGAAAAUGAGGUAUUGAAGUUAGAGUAG